CGUUAGCCCGAUAGAGGAAAAACGUAGUUUUAUUCUGAAAAACGGCAAAAUGAACCCGGUGAAACAGAUAUAUUAGUUACAUACGUCAGAUGUUUUCCAUAGGGAGCAGGGUCUAUUGAACGACAUGGAUACGAUACCAUCUGUGCUCUGCCGGUACAAAGUACGAUUUUUGAAAUAUAUUGUGUCACGUUUCCGAACAAAGAUUUUGACGAUAGCCCUAUUAUCAAUGUUACUAGCCGUUUAUCAAAUGACAACCUCAUUUAAUGGCGCGAAAAAAACUAUAACCCAAGUUCAAAGAAGUGUUUUUGAGUUUGACGGAAGAUAUCUUAUGAAAGCGUCAUUUGAGGGAGUGAAUAAAUCUUUCGCCGAAAAACAAGGGAAUAUUACGGAGCUUGACAAGAGAUAUCGUGUGAAAGCCCCAAUUGAUGACGCAAACAACACUAUUACCAACAUUCGAAGGAGUAUUAUUGCGUUCGACAAAAGUUAUCACAAGAAUACAACAUCUGAUGACGCGAAUAAGACUUUCACCGAAAACCAACGGAUAAUUACUGAAUCUCAGCUGCCUAUCUGUGUGAGAAACAUGACAGCAUUUCACGGCAGAGAAACUGUAAAUUUGACAAUUCAUAAGUGGCAGAACCUAGACAGUAGGUUCAGUGACACGUUGCAAGGCGGACGAUUGAAACCCGAAGGUUGUAAGGCUGUGUUCCGGGUAGCUAUCAUUAUUCCUUAUCGAGAUAGGGACAGUCAUCUUAAGAUAUUGAUGUCUAACGUCUUACCAAAGCUGCAACGACAACAGUUAGACUACACCAUAUUUGUUGUAGAACAGGCGCCUGGCAACCGGUUCAACCGAGGAAUGUUGCGCAAUAUUGGAUUUCUGGAAGCCAACAAGACAGCCCAAUAUGACUGUUUCAUAUUUAACGACGUGGAUACUAUCAUUGAAGACGACAGAAACAUGUUUGAAUGUGACAUUCGGGGCGAAAAAAUGAUACGACACAUAGCAGUCUUAGUCAACGUCUUCCAAUACAAACUAUUAUAUAGCUACCUGAUUGGAGGAAUACUAAGUGUGACAUACAAACAGUUUGUGGCAGUGAACGGCUAUUCUAAUGCUUUCUUUGUUUGGGGGGCCGAAGACGACGACUUAUUUCGCAGAUUCCAUAAAAAGCAUUACAGGAUAUCUCGUCCUUCAAAUGAAGUGGCGUACACAACCACACUUGACCAUGAAAGAGACCCCAAGCUGGACGAGAGGAAAAAUGUUUAUAAUAGUGUAGAACACAUUUCCGAAAAGGAUGGAAUGAACACAAUAGAAGACAAGUAUAAAGUGGUCAUACGCGAGGAAAGGAAAUUGUUCACGUGGCUGUACGUACGUGUGGACGAAGAACUUGUCCAAAAAUCCUUAGAUGCCACUCCAAGAUUCAAAUUACCUCAAAAACAGCCAGGAAUAGCGCGAAAGCCAAUUCGUUUGAAAGGGGCCAAACGAAAAGACCAUGUCCGACAACGACACAUACAUAAACCCGUUCUAUCCUAAACUUUAAGUGGAUUUGUCAGCACCAUUGUUAUUCAGAGUAUGGUGUAAAAUGAAAUUGUUUUAUUUGAUAAAAUAUUGAAAAUCAAACCAACGCAAUAUGUGAUUAGUUCAAUAUGUAGUUAUUGUGUUGGUGUCAUCUGAAGCACCAUUCGACACUCCAGGGGUAACGCUCACUUUCUCUGCAGCCCUGGACUAUGUCAUAGCAACAUUGCAGGCACACUGCUAGCUGUUUGAUUGGUUUUAGGAUGAAAUUGAGCCGCGGUGGCCAAUUGGUUAAGGCGUUCGACAUUCUGCUACCGCUAGCCCUACAACACUGGGUCGCGGGUUCGAGAUCUACGUGGACCAGUCGCCUGGAACUGGCCGUACGUCGGUGGUUUUUCUUCGGGAACUCCGACUUUCC